AUGGACGGGAGCAGUGAGCCACCCCUGCCAUGUUGCGUUGGUGGAAUCCCGGUGUCGAGCAUCAAGGUUCCCCAAGUCAGCGAGGUCCGGGUGCAGCUGGAAAUGCAAACACUUUGGCAACAGUUUGAUCAACUGGGCACAGAAAUGAUCGUCACUAAAGCUGGAAGGAGGAUGUUUCCAACAUUCCAAGUGCGAAUCUCCGGGAUGGAUCCUGCAGCCGAAUACGUCCUUCUCAUGGAUUUCAUCCCAGUUGAUGAUAAACGAUACAGAUAUUCCUUUCACAGCUCAUCGUGGUUGGUAGCAGGUCGAGCAGAGGUCGGAGCUCCAAGUCGGAUGCACUUUCACCCCGACUCCCCGGCCCGAGGAUCCCAAUGGAUGAAGCAGACUGUAUCAUUUGAUACCCUGAAGCUCACCAACAACCUACUGGAUGACAACGGACAUAUGAUACUCAACUCGAUGCAUCGAUACCAGCCUCGCUUCCAUGUGGUUUACGCGGAUCCAUCCCCACACAGCCAGUUGAACGCAUUCCGGAACUUCUGCACUUUCUCCUUCCCCGAGACCCGGUUUAUGGCUGUCACUGCAUAUCAGAACCACCGUAUUACCCAGCUAAAGAUUGCGAGCAACCCAUUUGCCAAAGGCUUCCGUACAGCAGACCACCAGGAUUGGUGA